AUGGUGUUACUCCCUGCUGCUGGCAGGUGGAAGGACACGGGGAAUCGCAUGCGCGCCAAGGAGGCAGGCGGGUGGUGGACGGGGUAUGUGCUGCUGGUGAACACCCACCGCUGGCUCAACGAAGCCGUUACCAACCGAUUCUCCUGGUGGCACCACCUCACUCUCAUUGUGAGCAAGCAGCGCAUGAGGUUCAGUCAGAUUCAGAUAGUGUUUGGAAAGCCCAAGGAGGCCGGUGGGUGGUGGACGGACGGGGUAUGUGCUGCUGGUGAACACCCACCGCUGGCUCAACCAGUCCGUCACCAACCGAUUCUCCUGGUGGCAUCAUUCACUCUCAUUGUGAGCUGA